CUGUACGCUGGUUGUGUGAGAUAAUGCUAUAUUAUUCGAAUUCGCAAUGCCAGCCUGGGCGAAACAUCUCUUCUACAAGUAGCCUAGCCCACGGUGUUGCUCCAUAAAAGAACAGCGCUGUGUAGAAAAAUUUGUUGAUCCAUCAGAAGGGAAGGGUAGAAUACAUUUUUUCCCCCGGAGAAAGGACACAUCGGGAUAAGGAGGCUCUUUUUCAGAAAGGACAUCGUCAGGACAGUAAAAUGUAAUUUCGGAGGAAGCAACUUCAGUCCCUACCAUUUCUUACUUUGCUCAAACAAAGUCUUUCUGGAUAACAUCUCAAAGGAAUAUCUUACUCUCAAGUGUUCAAAGAGACUGUUGGGAUAUUUCUUGAUACCUUUUGAGGCUUCUCAGCCCUAGGAUCUGUACUAUCGUUGAUACAUUAUACUCAAGGACAUGUCUGCUGUGCGGCUGCUGCUCCUGUCUCUGCUUUGUGCCCUCUUUGUGUCCCUGUGCCAUGGGGCCUGUGCAGAGGUGGACUCGGACACUGAGGCCGUUGCAGGCAAAGGGUUCAAACUGGGCUGCAUCUCCUGUAAGAUGAGGCCCGAGGUAGAGGCUUCUGCCACAGUCGACUGGUAUUUCAAGGCCAAAGGGGAAGCUGACUUUGCUCAUAUAUAUAAUUACGAUGAGGAGGGCCAGCACAUUGUGGAUGAGCGCUUCGAGGACCGCGUGGACUGGAGUGGCAGUAAGCAGAGCAAUGACAUACAGGAUGCGUCCAUCUACCUCUUCAAUGUCACCUUCAAUGACUCGGGCACCUACCGUUGCUUCUUCCACCGGUUCCUGACGUACGAGUUCUACGAAUACCAGAGUGUUGUCAGCAAGGUUGUGCACUUGACAGUGGUGGCUAAAGCCUCCAGAGGGACGGCCUCCAUAGUCUCUGAGGUGAUGAUGUACGUGUCCAUCAUCGGGCUACAGGCUUGGCUCUACAUAGAGAUGGUAUACUGCUACAGAAAGAUCUCAGCUGCAGGAGAGGAAGCAUUACGAGAAAGCGCGAAUGCCGAAUAUUUAGCCAUAGCCUCGGAGAGUAAAGAUAACUGCGGUGUGCAAGUGGCAGAAUAACCCAGGAAUUCAAGCGGUGCCAUCUACAGACUGGCCUCAUCACCAAUACGACCCCUUGUUUUGCAUGAAGACACCCGGAAGAUGUAUAGUAUCUCUGAGUCUUUAUUACCUUUCCUGUUACAAUGUUAAUGGAUAAAUGUGAUAUGAUGACAUGAUUACUUUUAGAGUAGUAUGUGUAUGAAUCCUAUUUUUCAGUUUUAAUGGUAUCUCUAAAGUGUAUGUACAUUUAUAUUAAGAGGUAUUGUGAGCAUGACACAAGGCGAGAUGGUUGAGCUCCGAUAUUUAUUAAUCCAAGGGGUAGGCAAAAGGUAGGUCGGCGACAGGCGAGAGUUCAUGAACCGGGUCAGAGUCCAAAACAGUACCAGAUGAAGGGCAGUCUUGAGGUCAGGCCAGACAGGGGUUCAGUAACCAGAUUGGAGUCCAACCAGUACAAGGGGAUAGGCAGGCUUGAAGACAGAACAGGCAGAGUGGUCAGGCAGGCGGGUUCAGAGUCCGACUAGGCAAGCGUCAAAACCAGGAGGACUAGAAACAAACAGAGACUGGGGGGGAAAAAUAGGAGCAAGAAAAACCACUGGCUGACUUGGCAAACAAAACAAACUGGCACAGAGAGACAGGAAACACAGGGAUAUAUACACCGGGGAUAAUAAGCGACACCUGGAGGGGGUGGAGACAAUCACAAGGACAGGUGAAACAGACCAGGGUGUGACAGUGGGAGAAUGAAUCUGAUUGAAUGGUUAUCGCGAGAUCACCUUGGAAUUAGAAUACUAGAAUGGGCAUGAACGUUCUGUUGAUAGUAUAAAAGAUCAGCCAUUUUGGUAAAGGAGUUGGUCAACCACAAUGGUCAGCGCGUGCUGUGAGAAGCAGUUAUUUAAAACAAUGAAUUUAAAACAAUGACUUUGAAAAUUAUAUGCACAGUAAUGUUUAUUAGCUAGCUAGUCUGCCAGUUUUAGUAGAAUGAUUCCAUCAUUUUUUUCUAAAUAACUGCCAAUAUCCCGACAUUCCAAACAAACAAUGCAGUCAAUACACUGGCUGAAAUCAGUUGGUGAUAUGACUUAGACAAAGUGUAAAUGCAGCAAGUAACUGAUAUUGUAUUAUAUUAUAAGAUUCACAACUUUCCAAGAAAACAAACACUGAAAACAUUUUUGAGGCAAUUUAUACAGAACAUUUGUAUAAACCCUGUAUUUACUGGUCAAAAGUUUGGACACCUACUCAUUCCAGGAUUGUUCUUUCAUUUUACUAUUUUCUAACACAUAUGGAAUAAUUUAGUAACC